CGAAGGACAAGGCAAGAUUUCAUGUGCGUGCGUGUGUAUAUAAGCAUCUCGGAUGGGAGCCGUUGAUAAGCCAAGAAUCUGAGGUCUGUAAUUAACCUUCACACACGUAGCUUCGCCCCGGAAACCUGCUCGGACUUCAACGGGAAACUCACCGGCCGGCGGCGAUGCCAACAAGUGAAGUGGGGUGGAGUGAUUUACAAAGGGAAGAUUGAAGAAAGCAAACGACGGCCCCCGGGUCCGUGAUUCUAGAGGUCUCGCAAGAAGCCAUUUGGAAGGACGGAAAUUUUUUCUUCAACAUUUUCUUUCCAUUUUCUACUUUUCUUGUUUUGAUCUUAAUUUCGGUGGGUGAGAGAGAACGAUGGCCUGUUUCCAUUGGGCGCAGCCCUCUGUUCGUCACUCGCCUUCCUCUCCUCAAACCCUAGCUUCUAGAUCUCCAUCUCCAUCCCCGAAGCGACGUAGCUUCGCCGACGGAGCUCUCGUCUCCCAUUACAUUCACGGAAUGAACCGGUCGGCUCUUUUUGGACAAAAAUUCUAUCGCUCUAAAUCUUCUCUUUACCCCAAAACGAUCAAACGAGUUUGCAGAGCCAGCCUGGAGGCAUUCUCCGACGAAGAAUUCUCGAAACAGAUUCGAGAAUUGGCCGCCAGAUUCCAGAUAUCCAAUGAUGAUGAGCAUAAUAACUUGAAUUCAGACUCCGUCGCUGAUUCUGCAGAUAUUAUUCGGCGCAUCGACUUUGCGGCGAGUCAAAGACAGUUUGAUCCGCUAGAGCCUCCGGAUUGGGCGGCGAGGGAAACGAUUCUGGCGAGCAUCGAGCGAAGAGCGAACAGCGUGGAGCUACCGCUUUCGCUGCGGAUGAUAAAGAGGAAGAAGCAGUGGCAGGAAGGCUUCAGAGAAGCCGGCGAAUCCGCUUGUUGCUCCUUCAAGAAGGCGUUCUCCUCGAUGGUGUUCAUAAUUAGGGAGCUACAUAGCUUCGCUCUACGGAUGAGAGAGAAGCAUUUCUACGAAGAUUUGCAAGAGAUUUUGCUUCGCGUACAGAAGGAAAUGAACGCCUCCUUCGUCUGGUUGUUUCAGCAAGUUUUCUCUCACACCCCAACGCUAAUGGUUUACGUGAUGAUUCUGCUGGCAAAUUACAGUGUCUAUUCCAUGACCAAUAACGCCGCCGCCGGGGCGUCCCUGCCGCCGGCUUCUGUAUUUCAGAGCCAGAUUCAAAGCCACGAGGAACACAAGUUUGAUUCUCGGGCGGCCAAGACGUUUUCGGUGUCGUCUUCGAGCGGGAAGACAACCUCAAUCGGCGGAAGCAAUGGCGGGGGCGGGAAGUUCCGGCCGGUGGCGAGCGGCACAGACGGCGAUGGCCGGUCUGAUGGCUCCCAAAAUUCGCUUAAUUUCCCCGGGACCAUAGUUCCCAACGAAUCCAUCGGCAACGCAUCAACGAGGGAAGACAAGUCGGUUUCGGGACAAGAAAUGGGGGGACAGGAAUUGAGAUUGUGGAAUUCCAUUAUGGAUGAAGUUAAAGCAAUGCAAACCGGUUCGAGAGACGAUUUGUUGGAUCAAGAAACCGUUCGGAGGUUUGUUUCGCCGGUGACGGCCAAGAUUGAAUCAGAUGACUAUGCAGAUUACUUCAGAACCGAACUUCUGUAUCAAUCUGUUCUGGCUCGAGAGCCCUAUAAUCCUCUCCUCCUCGCCAAUUACGCUCAGUUCCUCUACCUCGUCGCUCGCAACUACGAUAGGGCGGAGGAGUACUUCAAGAGAGCGGUGGAGGCUGAGCCGCCGGACGCGGAGGCGAUGAGCAAGUACGGGAGCUUCCUGUGGGAGGUCAGGAAGGACACGUGGGCCGCCGAGGAGAGGUUUCUGGAAGCGAUCUCCGCCGAUCCCAGCAACACCUAUUACGCCGCUAACUACGCUCACUUCCUCUGGAACACCGGCGGCGACGACACCUGUUUUCCCGUCGAAACCAACCCAGCUUAAAAAAAUAAUAAUAAUAAAAAAAUAAAAGAAAAAUACACAAUGAGAGUUAAAAAUAGUGAUAGGGGUAGUAUCGAGAAUUUAGGUUUUUUUUUUUUUUUUUUUAACCCUUUCUAAGACAUCUCCGAAUCUGAUGUGAAUUUUUGUUUUCUGAAAAUUUGAAGCAAGUUACAUAAAACUGUUGCAACUGUAACUCAGUUAGCGUGCAAAUGUGAAUUGCAAUCACCACAAUUUUCUUUUUAA